AUGCUCCACGAAAUCCUCCUCUCUCUCUCGGGGCAUCCGUCGCCUCUCCUCCGAGCCGGAACUGCCGAUUCGGGCCCGGUGUCCGGCGUCACGCCUUCGGAACGCCAGCUACUAGCCUCGGCGGCGCAUCUCAGCGACAUCCACAUCAAGCUCAUCAAGUACGCCGGCCAGAUUGCCGGUGCCCAUCCGUCGCCGAUAUGUCGGGCCGUGGGCACGGCUAUACAGUCUAUACAUUUGUCUGCGUUUCAGCGCAAGAUAUUGGAGGUGGAGGAGAGCAUAUUGAAAGAGGAUCCUGAGCUGGUGGGCGAGUACAAUAUUGUGCCGCUGACGGCCGUAAUGGGCGAGUUUACGCAGUGGACAAGGCGCUUCGAGUGGCUCUGGGACAUUGUUCAGUUCAUGGUCUCCAAGGAUGAAAAGGGAAAUGCAUGCUGUGGCUCGCAAAUCAUGAAUCGCCUGAGAACCGAGCUGCAAAGCGGCUACCGGGACGUCGAGGAGGCGGCCAUGAGCUUGGUCAAGGUGGCCGAGACGGCGUGGCUAAAGCAGGUUUCGGCUUGGGUUCUUUAUGGAAGACUGCCCAGCCUAGGAGGUGACGAUUUCUUUAUCCAGAAAGUAGAUGGGACUGCCGAGUACAUCUAUGAGCCAGAACUACUGCCAGGAUUCGUCACGCCGUCUACAGCAGCUUCAAUGCUAUUCAUUGGCAAAUCCCUAAACCACACACGUGUCAGGGCCACAGUCGACUCGGGCAUGGGUGGACUGGACCACCUCUCUACAAAACUACAAGAGCUAGCCAGCCUGUCAUUUCCCGUCAACGGCGCUACUUUCUCAAGGACCAUUGUCUCUAUUCGACUGUCGCUUUCACAAAACACCCUUCAAAAGAUCCUACCCACCGCAAAAGUCAUCGAAACGCUGCAGCUUCUGAGAGAAUUCUUCCUACUAGGCCGAGGAGAGUUUGCCAUGGCCUUGACACAAGAAGCCGACGACAAGAUUCGGAAUCGUUGGCGAAGAGCAGGCAACCUCGCUCACGAAAAGCAAGAUGGUAUGAAGAACUUGACUGUUAAAGAUGGAGAGGUGUCUGCCGUCUUAGCAAGGACUUGGGCUGUUCUGGUAGCCAUGCAGCGGAACCAGGUAGAAGAGGACGAACUACUAGAGCUGGCAAGAGAUUUACUCCGGUUACACCUCACCAAGGCUACCUUGACGCCUCCCCUCGUCAGCCCAGGCCUCAAUGCCGCCGAAGCCAAAAUAAUUGCUUCAUCACCAUUCCGAAAUCUGCUCUUCUCGGUCCCAGCAACUCUAUCUAUCCAACUGCCCUCCCCUCUCGACAUGGUCAUCUCCCCGUCCGACCUCCAGCUAUACUCUUGCGUCAACUCAUACCUCCUAUCCAUGCGCCGAGCUCACAUUCGGCUUACCGAUCUAUGGAAAAUCACCUCUCUAAGACGCCAUCACCCCGCCCCCCGAGGCGCAAACGAAUACGCCGGCACGCUCAGAGAACGCUGGUCAGCUCGCGCAGCAGCUCUCCGAAGCUCCUGGACAACCGCCAGCGCAGCCAUAUUCUUCCUCGGCGAGACAGAAGCAUACUUCCAGACGGAAAUCGUCGAGGGCCUCUGGGAAGGCUUUCUCAUCUGGCUCACCGGCAAAGAGCGGCGCCGAGACGGCGGCCGUUCAGGCGCCGCAACUCCUGCCGCGCACUCAGCCAAGCACAGCAUAGCCACGACGUCCGACUGGAGGCCCGGCUCCUCCAGCAACGCCACAAAUCCCAACGACGUCUCCAAACUCCUCUCUCGCCCAGCUCCCGAUCCGCAAACCCUCGUCACGGCGCACUCCUUGUAUCUCCGCACCCUCGUCCACCGCCUCCUCCUCACACAGCCCGCCUUCACCAGCCUCCUAUACACCCUGCUCAACCACAUCGACCACCUCGCCACGCACAUCCAAAGACUCCACUCCAUAUUCACCUCCAUCGACCUCGAAGCCGACGCCGGCGUCGUCGACUCCUCCACCGAUUUCGACCACGAAGAACGCCAGGUCAUGACACUCAUCCGUGGCGUAGAAGGCAAGAUUCGGCAGGGCAUAGAGGACGUCGUCGGCGCGCUGCGCGGGCUCGAAGGCGAUGUCGAGUUUCUCGCGCGCUGGGAGGGUCUUGAUGGGACGGUGGAUGGGCAUGAGGAGUAUGGCGAUGGGGAGAUGUAUGUCCCGGCGAGGGUGGGGGGGAUUAAUCGUCUGUUGAUGAAGCUGGACUUUGGCACGUGGAUCAACACGCAGGGAGAGUAUUAG